AUGGAGAUGGUCGGCUUUUCACAUGAAACACAGAGAAAAAUAUUCAGCGUGUUGUCAGCUGUGCUUCACCUGGGCAAUGUAGAUUUCAAGAAGAAAGGUGACAAGCAUCAUGACGAAUCAGUGGCUGUAAAAAAUGAGGAAGCUGUUAAAAUUAUCUCCAUGUUGCUGAAGGUGAAAGAACAGUAUGUGUUGGAGGCUCUGACACAAAAGAAAACAACAGCAGGGGAUGAGACUUUUGUAAUUAGCUACAGGAUGGAAGAUGCUGUUGCCACUCGUGAUGCUAUGGCCAAAUGUAUAUAUGGGGCACUCUUUGACUGGAUUGUCUUGAAAGUGAACCAAGCCCUUCUGGCAAAGAAGCAUGACUCGGAGCAUGAAGGUGACUCUAUAGGAGUGCUUGAUAUCUUUGGGUUUGAGGACUUUGGCAUCAACAGUUUUGAGCAGUUUUGCAUUAACUAUGCCAACGAACAUCUGCAAUACUACUUCAACCAACACAUCUUUAAAUUUGAGCAGGAAGAAUACCAAAGAGAAGGAAUCCAGUGGAGGAAUAUUGAAUUUAUAGACAACACUGGAAGUUUGGAACUGUUUUCUAAACGUCCAAAUGGACUUUUCUGUCUGCUUGAUGAGGAGUGCAGUUUUCCAGCUGCCACCAACGAAACUUUGCUCAACAAAUUCACCCACCACCACAAAAACAACCCUCAUUAUCAGGUUCCGCAGUUGAAAGAAGAAGUCUUCAGCAUCAUGCACUAUGCUGGGAGAGUUAAAUACUUUGUCAAGGAUUUCAGAGAGAAAAAUCUGGACUUAGUGAGGCCAGAAAUUGUAGCAACACUGAAAAUGAGCAGCAUGGCUUUUGUCAGGGAAAUAAUGGGGAUCGACCCAGUAGCUGUUCUUCGCUGGUCCAUAAUAAGAGCAUUUUUUAGAUGUUACUUUGGUUUCAUCAGAGCAGGAGAAACCUACCGGAAAAAUGGGGGGAAAGAUGGCCAUAAGCAACAACAAAGGCGGGUAUCGGACAAUUCUGUUCAAGAUGUUUUUAAUGAGAACUUACUCAGCCUUGACCCAGAAGUUGUCCAACAGCUUCUCUCUCAGAUCAGCUCCGGACAGAAUUGUCACUCUCCACUGCUAAAAGGUCACCUGCACGAGGAACUACAGUUACACUGUACAUUAACCAAUGGAUUGUCAGAGGAUGAGGCCAAGAACAUCCGCAUGGCUGGGAAGCUUCUCAUGAAAAAUAAGUCUUUCAGACCAAAACAGAGGCCUUCAUUAAGUUUCCGUGACAUUAAAGCACUGAAAGUGGUUGCCAGCCAUACUAUGACUGGCUGUGGUCGUGGCACAGGGAAUAAAAAACAGCCACCAACAGUUGGGGCCCAGUUUCAGUGGUCUCUGUCACGUUUGAUGAACACUUUGAACCAGGCCAAUCCUUAUUUUAUCAGAUGUAUCAAAUCCAAUACAGAAAAGGCACCAUGUGUCUUUGAUGAAGAGUUGGUGAUGAGGCAGCUGCGAUACACAGGGAUGCUGGCCACGGUGAAAAUUAGACAGUCCGGCUACAACUACAGACUCUUGCUCAAUGAGUUCACCCAGCUGUACAAAAUUUUGCUACCCAGAAAACAGCAGCACACAAAAGAAGAUAUACAAAACUUUCUCACGGCAAUGGGUUUGAAAGAAGAAAACUACCAGAUUGGCAUGACAAAAAUAUUCCUGCGAGAGUCUGAGAAAAUGCAGCUGGAUGAAGCUUUACAUUCUGCUAUUAUGAAGAGGGUGGUGACAAUACAGACCUGGGUCAAGGCUUGCUUGGAGAGAAAAGCUUUUCUACGUUCCAAGGAAUCGGUUAUAUUUAUUCAGAAACACAUCCGACGAUUCUUGGCCCAGCAGGACUUUCAGAAGUACCAACUCUAUCAGCUUCACUGUGCCAGUGCACUGAGGAUCCAGACUUUUUACCGGUGCUACAUCGAGCGGCAGAAGUUUCUGGCUCAGCGUACCGCCCUCGUCUAUAUACAGUCAUGUAUACGAGCAGCAGUAGCCAGGGGAAGAUUUAUUGAGCAGCGGGGUGUAAAUGCUCAGCUUGCAAAAGAAGCAGCAGAAAAGAAGAUACAGGAGAGGCUGGAGAAGGAAAGACAGCUGUUGGAAAAAGAACAAGAGAGUGAGAGGUUGAAAGUAGUAGAAGCAGAGAGGAUGAAACAAGAAGAGAUUCAAAGAAAGGAGGAAUUAAUUAGGGAGCAACUAGAAGAAGAACAGAUGCUGGCUGAGAGAAUAGAGCUGGACAGACAAGACAAAAAGGAUGAGCUGCACUCUGCAGCAAGUGAUGAGGGGGUAUUGUUGAAAGCCUCAAGUACUGAGGAACUUGAGGAGAGGGAUUUCCACUCACUGUCAAGGAGGGAUUCAGAAGAGAGCAGUGGCAUCAUGGAUGGUUCUGAUACUGAAGUUGGACUUAUUGAGACACACACUAAACCUGUGAUUGACACACCUCCUCCCACACCUGACAGCAAGAUUUCUUAUCUGUCCGAAAUCCUUAAUGAAAAAUCAGAGAUUCAUUUAUCAAGAGUUCAAGAAAUCGCUAAAGCAUUCCAGAAAGCACAUGAAGAGGAAGCAGCCCAGGGCAUGAAUGAACAUCCAGCUGACACACCCAGGAAACCUACGGAAUUGAAGAUCUCCAGAACACCUCUCUUGCCUGAUGAUAAGCGCCGAGAGAUAGAAGCAGUCCUCUCCCACAAGAAGGACAUGAUAAAGAAGAGGGAGGAGGUCGGAGACUAUGAUGACCAAGCCAGUGUAUAUCUCAGUCCACUGCACAAGGCCAAGAGACACUGGAAGAACUGGGUUGGAGGCACAAAGAAAAAGAAAGAUGACAGUGAGGAAGAGUCUGAGGAUUCAGUAUCAUUGAAUUCUUCUAAACGUAUUGAAGCAAUGGGAGUAAGCGUUCUUCCACAAAUUCCAAUGUCAACUCUUUCCCCGAUUACCAAAGAAAAACCAGUAAACAUAAUGCUAGAUGAGAGUGUGAAAUCUUCUCAUUGGAACCACAGAAGGCAGAAGAAAAAGCAGCGCAGAGUCAAUGAUAAAAAUUCCAGCGUCUCCCCUGGAGGGAAUCAGUCUCGCAGUAAUAUGAAAGUGGCGAGGUCAACAGAGUGGCAGUAUGCAGAAAAUAUGGUAAUUACGGAUGUCGCAGAGCUGGGUUACCUGGACGAGUUCAUCUCACAGAAGCAAAUGGAACUAUACAGGGAUACAAACAGACAUGACACUGUCUUUGACCGAAUCUUUAAAGGUGCCUUAGAAAAAUUCAGAAAAGACCUCAAGGCUUUGAAAGCUGUAGAAAGUAGUAAAGACAAGCCUGCGGUCCGUUACAGAGAUCUGUUUGAGAAAUUCCGAUACAUUCUCGAAGCAGAGAUGAAACAGGACAAGACAGAUGCACCCAUUGUCAUGUCAGUUAAUGCAUUUCGUGGUUUCUUGGAUGAGUUCAGAAAGCAAGAAGAGGCCAGAUCACGUGAAAACAAGAAGGAUGAUCGACUGAAAGAAAAGAAGACAUUAAAGCGGGAAAAAAAUAAGAAAGCCCAGGAGACAAUAGACUACAAUGGACAUAAAUAUCAACAAAUCCAGUUCAAUAUUCCAACAUUCUGUGAAGUGUGCACAUCUCUUAUAUGGAUAAUGGACAAGGUGUUAGUUUGUCAAGAUUGUAAGUUGGCCUGCCAUAAGAAGUGCUACAGCAAGCAGAUCUCACCUUGUAAAGGAAUAUCAGAAUCCAGGGGUCAGAGCAGCAACCAACUAUUUGGAGCUGAACUAGACUGCCUGGUCAGUGACAGACAGAGAGUGCCAUUAGUGUGUGAGCGGCUGAUGUCAACCUUGGAGAAUACAGGAAUUUAUGUUGAGGGAAUUUAUCGCAAGCCGGGGUCAGCACCAAAAAUUAAGGAACUCAAGGCAGCAUUAGAAGCAGAUGUUGAAGCUGUUGUACUGGAAAACUACCAUGUCCAUGUUCUUGCUUCUGUGCUGAAGCUUUUCUUGAGAAACUUGCCAGAGCCACUGCUGACCUUUGAUCUGUAUGAUGAUUUUUUACGCACGACAGAAAUACAAGAUGAGAAAGAACUAAUCAAGUCCUUGUUUGAGGUGCUGAAAAAAUUGCCAAGAGCUAACUUUGAUUUGUUUGAGAGACUGUGCUUCCACUUGGCUUGUGUGGCCAUGCACAGUGACAGCAACAAGAUGUCCACCAAUGCUCUGUCUGUCAUAUUUGCCCCCGUGGUGUUGGGGACAAACAAGAAACUCCAAGCCCAAGAUGCAAUUGCAUUGAUGCCACAACAAAUGAU